AUGACACUCUCCCAUCUCCUCCCUAUAACCAUUCUCCUCCUCUUUUACUCCCCUUCGUCCUCGGCCUCGCCCAUUUCCGACCCCGCCAUCCUCCUUCGUGUUAAAAACAACCAAAUACUCGACCCUAGUAACCGCCUCUCGAAUUGGCUCAUCCUCCACAAUGAUCACUCCAAUAGCACUAAUAACCACUCACAUUGCCACUGGACUGGCAUAACUUGUAACCCCCUCUCCUCCGUUAUCGCGGUCAACCUCGAUAAACUCAACCUAUCCGGCCCCUUCCCUUCCGGCUUCUGCCGCAUUCCCACCCUCCGCAACUUCUCCAUCUCCGACAACUCCUUUAACAACAUCACCUCUCUCUCCCUCUCCCACUGCUCCCACCUCCACUCUCUCAACCUCUCCAACAACGACUUCUCCGGCAACCUCCCGGAUUUCUCGCCGGAGUUCACUUCUCUGUUUUCCUUAGACUUCUCUUCCAACGACUUUUCCGGCAAAAUUCCCCGGAGUUUCCGGUACUUAUCCUCUGUAAAAAUUUUACGCCUCUUCGGUAACUACCUAACUGGCCCUGCUUUUCCCGAGUUCAUCACCAAUUUAACUCAAAUAACUCACUAUGAGCUCAGUUAUAAUCUAUUCGAUUCUUCUGAGAUACCGACCACCAUUGCAAAGUUAUCGAAACUCGAAGUUGUUUGGUUAACCGAAUCGAAUCUCACCGGAAAGAUUCCGGAAUCUCUUUGUACUUUACAAACAUUGAAAAGCUUCGAUGUCGCAACAAAUUCUCUUUCUGGUGAGAUUCCGCAAUGUAUCGGAAACUUAACGAAACUCUGGCAAUUAGAGCUCUUUGAUAACAAAUUUUCCGGCGAGUUGCCGGAAAAUUUGGGAAAUUUGAAGAACUUAUACAUUUUCGAUGCUUCUCAGAACAAUCUCACCGGAACAGGGGAAGAUUCCGGCAAUUUUAGGGAAAAUAAGAACCUCUAUCAGUUAAAGCUUUUUAACAACAGCUUUGCCGGCGAACUUCCGGCGAAUUUGGGAUCAAAUUCUAUAUUAAAUGAGUUCGAUGUGUCGACAAAUUAUUUUUCCGGCGAAUUUCCGACGACUCUUUGCAGUGGGAAGCAACUCUGGCAGAUUAUUACCUUCAACAACAGAUUUUCCAGUAAAUUUCCGGAAAUUUAUGGAAAUUGCAGUUCAUUAAGUUAUGUAAGAAUUCAAAACAGCAACUUUUCCGGCGAAUUUCCUCAAAAUUUCUGGAAUUUACCUCAUCUGGAUACUGCUGACCUUCAGGAUAAUCAUUUUGAAGGUACUCUGCCACCUACUAUUUCUAAUUCCUUUAAUUUGUCAAAUCUUUUAAUUUCCGGCAAUAUGUUCUCGGGAAAUUUACCGUCGGAAAUUUGUGGAUUGAAGAAAUUAAUUGAGCUUUCUUUGGGUGAGAAUCGGUUUAGUGGAGAGUUGCCGAGUUGUAUAACGGAAUUGAAAGGAUUACAGAAGAUUGAAUUGCAGGGGAAUAUGUUAUCCGGGGAGUUUCCGAUGAAUGUGAGGUCGUGGGUUCAAUUGACGGAUUUGAACGUCCAAACAGAUGGUGAGUUUAAGAAAAGGCGUCCAUUCAAAAUGGUUUCCUUUCAAAGGGGUGGAUUUAGUGAGCAAGAAAUAUUCUCUCGCCUUACAGAAGAGAAUGUGAUUGGGUCCGGUGGGUCUGGUCGAGUAUAUCGUGUUACACUCAACUCGGGUCGUAAUAUAGCAGUUAAGAAGUUAUGGAGUGGCGAGGACAAGAACAAGGAUAUGGGUUUAUUGUUCAAGUCAGAGGUUGAGGCCUUAGGGAGUGUACGUCAUGUGAAUAUUGUAAAAUUGUUGUUCAGUUAUAUAGGAGAGGGUUUUAGGGCUUUAGGGUAUGAAUAUAUGGAAAAUGGGAGUCUAGGAGAUGUUCUGCAUGGUGAAAAGGGUGGUGAGAUUUUAGAUUGGUCUAGACGAUUUGCAAUAGCUUUGGGUGCGGCUCAAGGGUUAGCUUACUUGCACCAUGAUUGUGUCCCGGCUAUCAUCCACCGAGAUGUAAAGUCCAACAACAUAUUGCUGGAUGACAAGUUCCUGCCACGGGUUGCUGAUUUCGGACUUGCUAAGCCGGAUCUACUGGCUAUUCUUUCCAUUAAUUCUUUGAUUUAUUGUACGAAAUAUGGCUACACGCUCAAGGUGACAGAGAAGAGCGAUGUAUACAGUUUUGGGGUGGUGCUUAUAGAGCUAGUAACAGGGAAGAGACCAAAUGAUGCAUCCUUUGGGGAGAACAUGGACAUAGUGAAAUGGAUGACAGAAGUAGUGUUACAAUCUCAUGAGUUUGAUCAAGCAAAGCAGCUGAUAGACCCAAGAAUGAAUCCAGAUACUGAGAUACAUGUAACUAUAAACAAAUAA